AUGCCUAUCUCCGCCCCCGCUGCCGACCGCCUGACUGACCUCUUCAGCCUUAAGGGCAAGGUCAUUGUCGUCACCGGCGCCUCCGGCCCCAAGGGCAUGGGUAUCGAGGCUGCCCGCGGCGCUGCCGAGAUGGGUGCCGACGUGGCCAUCACCUACUCGUCCCGCAAGGAGGGUGCCGACAAGAACGUCGAGGAGCUCACCAAGACUUACGGCGUCAAGGCCAAGGCCUACAAGUGCGACGUCAGCAACUACGAGAGCGUCGAGAAGCUCGUCCAGGACGUCCUCGCCGACUUUGGCGGCAAGAUUGACGGCUUCGUCGCCAACGCGGGCGCCACCGCAAACUCGGGCGUCGUCGACGGCUCCGCCGAGGACUGGAACCACGUCAUCCAGAUCGACCUCAACGGCACCGCGUACUGCGCCAAGGCCGUCGGCGCCGUCUUCAAGAAGCAGGGCCACGGCAGCUUCGUCAUCACCUCGUCCAUGUCCGGCCACAUUGCCAACUUCCCCCAGGAGCAGACCUCGUACAACGUCGCCAAGGCCGGCUGCAUCCACAUGGCCAAGUCGCUCGCCAACGAGUGGCGCGACUUUGCCCGCGUCAACUCCAUCUCCCCCGGCUACAUCGACACCGGCCUCUCCGACUUCAUCGACGCCGAGACCCAGAAGCUCUGGCACUCCAUGAUCCCGCUCGGCCGCGACGGUCUCGCCAAGGAGCUCAAGGGUGCUUACGUCUACUUCCUGUCGGACGCCUCGACUUACACCACCGGUAGCGAUCUGGUCAUCGACGGUGGCUACACCUGCCGGUAA